CAUUGCCCAACAGCCGUGGCCGGGGUGGUCCUGGAACUCGGAGGGUCCUGGAGGCCUGCCCACCGUACGUCCCGCUUACGGGCCGGACUCUGGGCAUACCCUGGCGCCGCCGCUCCUCCGCCCUCCACCUCGAAAGGCAUUAACUGAUGCUACUUGGAUGAAUUUGACCAUCUCCUAGGAGACUUGAAUGUUAAGUUUCUGUAAACAAAGAAACCAGUUCUCUCAUAUUUGGAGCAAUGCUGAAAUUCCAAGAGGCUGCUAAGUAUUUGAGUGGAUCGGUAGCUGUUUCCACUUAUCCAAAGACCUUGAUUGCAAGAAGAUAUGUGCUUCAACAGAAACUUGGCAGUGGAAGUUUUGGAACUGUCUAUCUGGUUUCAGACAAGAAAGCCAAACAAGGAGAGGAAUUGAAGGUACUGAAGGAAAUCUCUGUUGGAGGACUCAAUCCAAAUGAGACCGUGCAGGCCAGUUUGGAGGCCCAGCUCCUUUCCAAGCUGGACCACCCAGCCAUUGUCAAGUUCCACUCAAGCUUUGUGGAACAAGAUAAUUUCUGCAUUAUCACAGAGUACUGUGAGGGCCGAGAUCUGGACUAUAAAAUUCAAGAAUAUAAAGAAGCUGGAAGAACUUUCCCAGAAGAUCAAAUAAUAGAAUGGUUUGUCCAGCUGUUGCUGGGAGUUGACUACAUGCAUGAAAGGAGGAUACUUCACCGAGACUUGAAAUCAAAGAAUAUAUUUCUGAAGAAUAAUCUACUUAAAAUUGGAGAUUUUGGAGUUUCUCGACUUCUGAUGGGAUCCUGUGAUCUAGCCACCACUUUAACUGGAACUCCCCAUUAUAUGAGUCCGGAAGCUCUGAAACACCAAGGCUAUGACACAAAGUCAGACAUCUGGUCACUGGCAUGCAUUUUAUAUGAGAUGUGCUGCAUGAAUCAUGCAUUCACUGGCUCCAAUUUCUUGGCCAUUGUUUUAAAAAUCGUUGAAGGCGACACUCCUUCUCUCCCUAAGAGAUAUCCCAAAGAACUGAAUGCCAUCAUGGAACGCAUGUUGAACAAGAAUCCUUCAUUGAGGCCGUCUGCUAUAGAAAUUUUAAAAAUCCCUUACAUUGAUGAACAACUACAGCACCUAAUGUGUAGAUAUUCUGAAAUGACUCUGGAAGACAAGAAUUUGAAUUGUCAGAAGGAGGCUGCUCAUAUAAUUAAUGCCAUGCAAAAAAAGAUUCACCUACAGACUCUGCGGGCGCUCUCUGAAGUGCAAAAAAUGACACCGAGAGAAAGGAUGCGGCUCAGGAAGCUCCAGGCAGCUGAUGAGAAAGCCAAGAAACUGAAAAAGCUUGUAGAAGAAAAAUAUGAAGAAAAUAACAAACGAAUGCAAGAAUUGAGAUCUCGGAACUUUCAGCAGCUAACUGUUGAUGUACUCCAUGAAAAAAAGCAUUUAAUGGGAAUGGAAGAAAAGGAGGAGCAACCUGAGGAAAGCCUUUCUUGUUCACCCCAGGAGGAGGAUGAAGAGAGAAAGCCAGGCAGAGAAGAGGAAUUUGAUGACUCGACUUCAGAGAACCUGCCUGAGUCUCAGCUUAUUUCUUCCCUGGACCUCAGCGUGCUUGAGUCAAGUGUAGAGGACACGAUAGCUGACCUUGGAGAUCACGAAAAGAAAACAUCUACUGACUCUACAAUUCCACUUAUAGAUAGUUACCUAAGAGAAAUGAUAAUAUGUCUACAAGAGAUCUGUAUACAGCUGUUCUUAGCAGUUUUAUUCAGAGUACCUUAGAAACAAUUCAAGUGUCAGUCAAUAGGUAGAUGUAAUGUAAUACUACGUGGCAAUGUUAAGGAAUAAAUCCACACAGUAAUACGGAUGAGUAUCAAAACCAUUAUGCUGGGUGAAAGAAGCCUCAGAAAAAAGAAUACAUAUUGCAUGAUUUCAUUUUUAUUAAGUUCUAGAAUGAGCAGCACUUGUCUAUAGUGGUGUAAAUGAGGCCAGUGUUGCCUGGGGGUCAUGGUGGUGGGAAUUGACCCCAAACGUUCACAAGGGAAACUUUUUUGGUGAUGGAAAAGUUCGAUACCUUGGUCAUGGUGAUAGUUACCCAGGUCUGUAAUUUGUCAAAACUCAUUCAACUCUCUACUUUAAAUGAGUGCAUUUUAUUGUCUAUAAAUUCUACCUCAAUAAAGUUGACAAAUAAAAAACACAGAUAAGAUAUCCAGAAAAAAAAAAGAAAGGAAAAAGAACACAUCACGAAUAAUGCCCAUCGGUCUUUGUUUUAGCUAACAAGUGGCUGAGCGAGACUUUGGGUGAAGUUGUUGAGAUAAAGAACAAGUAGGAAGGUCUCUAGAUGCUACUUGGAACACAAAGUUCUUAGUCCUGAAAACAAUCAUGGGGUUUUCUUCUGAUGUUAACUGAACAUCAUUGUCUUCCACAGUGAGUGCUCACAAUGUUUUGGGGCUUCUCUCAGGAGGAAAAUUGGCUAUUGAAAGAUGCGGGGCUGGCAUCCCACGUUGCCUCUCUUCAGUCUUUAUAGUGGGAGGGCUCGCUCUGGCGCAGCAGGAGACCACACCAGCAGGUCCCAUGAAAGCAGCCUGUGCGCAAAAGAACGAAGAGUGAUAGCCCAGACUCCAAACCCCAGCCCAGACAGAGAAGCCAGUGAAGCUGCCUGGCUCGUUGGUCCUCAGGAAAGACCAAAUCUGUAUUCCUAGAUGUCCCAUCUCUUUCAGAGCUUUAGAUGUCUUAAAGACUUGAUUUAGAAAUAUAAAUGGAUGGUGGUUUUGUCUCAUAUUUUUGUCACAUGUUCCACUGAGUUCUUUUUGUGUUUCCACCUGACUCCCAUAUUUACUCUUGCAGUCACUCCCUAAUUUUCUGAGCUCCAGAGGAUAAUUAGAAUGAAUCUAAUAUUGAAUGAAGAUACACUGAUUCUCCACCCUGAGGCAUAUUUAAUAAUUUAGAGUGUUCCUUCUGCAUGACAAGCUGGGUAGGUGCCUCUAACUGGAAUUUAAAAGAUUAUAUCUAAUAUGAAAAAUUAAAGGGGAUGCAGAAAAACACCUGCCCAACCAGACACUUUGCUGUUGUGUCCUAAGCAGUCAUAAUAGAAAUAAGAGGAAAAUCAGUCCCCAGAACAUCAGUUAUUCAUAAAGAAAGUCAGCACCCAUGGACCACUCAAAAUAAGUUUCUCACUUCAGAAAGUUGUAUGUGAUUCCAGGGUCCAUCCCUUAACUAAAUAUAAAUUAUAUGGUAAUUAUUAAACUGAAGGUGCUGCUAGUUGGGCAGAGAGCAUCCUUAAGUGGCCUUGCUUGGCCUGUCACGUUCAGGUUUGGAAUUAAUCGAUUAAACAGAAAAUUAAAUAAGCAUCAAUCAUGGCUUUAAAGUAGAAUACAAAACACAAUAGACUAAAACCUCAUGUAACACGCGCUGCAGACAGCAUUUUGGACAUAGUGUGGUAUGGUUUCCCUUUAGUUGAUGAAAUUAUUUUCCAUGUGCGCAAGUUUCACAGUUGUACUCAGGGUUCAUGCGCCCAUCACCUGGAAUGCAUCCUCACGAUGCUCGAAGGAAGCUAAACUGCCUUUGAAAAUGAACACGGCUGUGUUAGACAGUGUCUGCUUCCAGUCAAAUAGCCAUCUUUGAUUCAUAUGCUAAUUUGUUGUUGAAGUGAUUGAAAUGUUUUGCUUUGGUGUUUAGGCCAGACUUUAAUUUAGGUGAUAGGGACUUUACUUUGUCCUCUCUGAUCUUUGUAAAGGGGCUUUAUGUUUUGUUUUGUGGCAUAGAAGGCCACAUCAAUAUCAAUCACCUCCUAAAUUCACUUGUCAAACUCUUUCAUUUUUUUGAGGGAAAAUAGCACAUCUCCAGAAAAGAAACCUUUCCAGCAAGAAACCAUAGUAUCUAAUACCCUCUGUCACUCGUGACUAACAGCAUUUUCUGACUUCUCUUUUUCUCUUGCUUAAAAAAAAAAAAAAAUCAAAAUAGAAAAAUAGGAAACUUCUAAAAAGAUCCAAAAUGAUUAUCAUGCUUUAUAAUAGUAUGUCUAUGUGUGAGCAGUAUAAUGAAUUUGACUUAUUCUAAAGAAGUCAUUUUUUUUUAUGUGUCUGUCUGCAGAAAGUGUGCUUGUGAUGCUGCCAGUAUUUGUAGCUCACCAGUUAGUCUUGUCUCUCAGGUUGCCAGAUCGGUUCUUCAUAAAUUCAUUUUCUCAUUCUACGCAUAAGUGUCUACAUGUAAGAAUACAGUUUUAUGAGUUUGUAGGGUAACUCCGCAUACCCAGCUUCAUAGCUAACCUUGAUCACCCUUUCCUCCUAACUCCUUGACUUGUUCGGGUUUCUCUUUCUCGCUUUAAAUUAUUAAUGGGAGUUUCUUCUUACUGUUAAAUAUUAUCUGGCUAAGGAUAUACACGUAGAUGAGUUUAGGAUACUUGUAAUCUCUCACUGCAUUUUGCACCUGGGUAUUUAAGUUUAUAGAGAUCAAAGUGACUUUACCCUUUUUAUAUCUCAGGUUAAUUUCUCUACCCUCCACCUUGCCACAACCCCAUUUUAAGAUACAAUAAUUUGACAAUUUAUGUCAAAUUAUAAACACAUCGCCCACAGUUAUAUAUUUGGCCUCCUUUUAUUUUUGAGCAUGCACGUUUUGAACAAGACUAACUUUAUGUAUUCGUAGCACCCUGGGUGAGGAAUUUUAUUGGUAUACUCAAGAGGGCUAGAAAGUGACUGCUGAUAAAGACAAAGCAAGUUAUGGAAAAAGAAAUGUCUUAUUGUUUCCCUGAGCUCCAUAAGCCCCGUGUCAUUGCUGAGGAGAGGGGGUCAGUGCCCUGACUGUGUGAACAUGUUCACAGGCCGCGUUCUCACCCGUUUCCGGAACUCCAUCACUCUUUGGAGCCAUCUUGAUGUUAUUCCAUACCUCACCUCUUACUUUUUCCUCUCCGUAAAUCAUACUCCUUUAAUCACUGACCUCUCAGCUAAAAAUUUCAUCCAGUAGGCAUUAUAGUAAAAGUAUAUAUUUCCUGUUAUAUUGACGAUAUUCAUGUUUCAAAUUUGACGGCACCCCUGAGAAGUACUCGCAAUAUAGGAGUGUGUCACAGCACAGCAGCUGAGAGCCAACAGGCCAGUCUCUUGUUACUCAAAGCGUGGUCUGAGGACCAGCAUCACUAGCAUCCUGAGAACUUCUUAGAAACACAGAAUUUCAGACCCCACCCUAGAAUUAUUGGAUCAGAAGAUGCACUUUUAACAAAAUCGCAGUGAUUCAUUUGCACAUUAAAGUUUGAAAAGCACUGAGCUAGACUCUAAGUUCAGCGAAAGCAUGGGCCAUGCCUGUCUUGAUCAUCAUUUUAUUCUCACCUGCUGACACAGUCACUACCUCUGAGCUGAUGCUUGGUAAAUAUCGGUUGAAUGAAUGACCCAACCUAGGGGAAAAUUCCUAUAAUGCUUUUUGUCAUAAAUAUCAUAUAUUUCUCAUAGAGGUUAAUUUAGUUGAGGAAGUGAUAGGAUAACGAGUUACCAGAAAAGGCUAAUCUGUAUGCAUUGGUGUUCACCUAUAAUUUUUUUCAUCUUACUUGUUAAAGAAAUGGUAAUCUAAUUAUACCAGAUGGAUACUGGAAAGAUGAGAAAUAAAGGAGGAGUUUUGGAGACAUGGGAAUAGAAAUCCUCUGUGCAUACUUUUUGAGUCCCCUAGUCAUUGCCUCUCUCUUUGUACAUACCUCUACACUUAAAUUAUCUCCUACAUAAGCCACCAACAGUGAAAAAAUAUGGUUUCUUCUUCUGCAAUAACUGUAGAAAAGCAUUUAGUUUAAUAGAGGUGGUCACGUCACCAUAAGAUAAUUCUCCCAGACUCCUUAGUGUAUUUGCUAAACGUACGCAUUAAUGGCAAUAAAGUAUAGUCUGAGUUA